AUGACUGAUAUUGAUGGAUACCAGACUCGAAGCAAGGGGAAGAUGUUCCCUGAAAUGAGCCAAUCUUUCUUCUCGGAUGAAGACUCAGCCGCAACGGAUGAUAAUCGGUCAAAUUACGAAGAGGACGGAUUCAUAGAUGGCGAUGAUGAUUAUGGCUAUGGAGAGUCAAGGGCAACUACGCCUGCAGAAGUGGCCCCUAAGCCAAGGAGACCGAGUAAGAAGUCUAAGCAAGAGUACAGCAACAAUGAGACAGCUAAUAAGCUGGCAGCGAAGGAUCAGAACUUCUUGUAUGGUGUUACCAGAGAUAUGCCGUCAGAUUUUGUCCCAGAUGCUGUUUCAGGACUAUUCAAGACGCACGAUUUCAGUUAUUUAAAGUUACGUCCAGACCAUGCAGCUAGACCUAUCUGGAUAUCACCCAGCGAUGGUAGAGUGAUCCUUGAAAGUUUUUCGCCAUUGGCAGAACAGGCUCAGGAUUUUUUAGUGACAAUAGCCGAACCGGUCAGUAGGCCGUCUCAUAUCCAUGAAUACAAAAUUACUGCAUAUUCCUUGUAUGCUGCAGUGUCAGUUGGGUUGGAAACUGACGAUAUUAUAUCUGUGCUGGAUAGACUGUCAAAAGUGCCGGUUGCACCCUCAAUUGUAAAUUUUAUCGAGAGUGCCACCGUUUCCUACGGUAAAGUGAAGUUGGUCAUCAAGCAUAAUAGGUAUUUUGUCGAAACGACACAGGCGGAUAUUUUACAAAUGCUGCUCAAAGACCCUGUAAUCGGUGGCCUUCGCAUAGAUACCGGCCAACAGCAGCAGCAACAGCAACAGCAGCAACAGCAACCGAACGAAAAAGCCAAUGCACAGCAGAACAUCAAUCCGAAUGACGUGGAAGCAAUAUUUACUGCGGUUGUUGGGGGUGACAAUGAGCUAGAUGAAGAAGACGAUAUUGAUGCGGUCCAUUCAUUUGAAAUUGCUAACGAAUCGGUCGAAAUUGUCAAAAAACGAUGUCAAGAAAUUGAUUAUCCGGUUUUAGAAGAAUACGAUUUUAGGAAUGACCACCGUAACCCAGAUCUGGAUAUUGACCUGAAACCAUCGACGCAAAUCAGACCAUAUCAAGAGAAAUCUCUGAGUAAGAUGUUUGGUAAUGGCCGUGCAAGAAGUGGUAUUAUCGUUCUGCCAUGCGGUGCCGGUAAAACGUUGGUCGGCAUCACAGCUGCAUGUACCAUCAAAAAAUCUGCAAUAGUGUUGUGUACCUCAUCUGUGUCUGUUAUGCAGUGGAGACAACAGUUUUUGCAGUGGUGCACUUUGCAACCUGAGAACGUUGCUGUCUUUACCUCGGAUAACAAGGAAAUGUUUCAGACAGAAUCAGGCUUAGUGGUCUCAACAUAUUCAAUGGUGGCGAACACCAGAAAUAGGUCGCACGAUUCGCAAAAAGUUAUGGACUUCCUAACGGGCAGAGAGUGGGGUUUCAUUAUUUUGGAUGAAGUCCACGUUGUCCCAGCUGCUAUGUUCCGUAGAGUGGUUACCACAAUUGCUGCGCAUGCUAAAUUGGGUUUGACCGCUACGUUAGUUCGAGAAGAUGACAAGAUUAGCGAUUUAAACUUUCUAAUUGGUCCCAAGCUAUACGAAGCAAACUGGAUGGAAUUGUCACAAAAGGGGCAUAUUGCUAAUGUUCAGUGUGCUGAAGUAUGGUGUCCAAUGACAGCAGAAUUUUAUCAGGAGUAUCUGAGAGAAAGUGCAAGGAAGAGAAUGCUACUGUAUAUCAUGAAUCCAACUAAAUUUCAAGCAUGUCAAUUUUUGAUUCAAUAUCAUGAAAGUAGAGGCGAUAAGAUUAUUGUUUUUUCCGAUAAUGUUUACGCUUUGCAAGAGUACGCAUUGAAACUCGGGAAGCCGUUUAUCUUUGGAGCUACCCCUCAGCAGGAACGUAUGAACAUAUUACAAAAUUUCCAGUACAACGAUCAAAUUAAUACCAUAUUUUUAUCCAAGGUGGGAGACACUUCUAUUGAUUUACCGGAGGCCACUUGUUUGAUUCAAAUUUCAUCCCAUUAUGGUUCCCGUCGUCAAGAAGCCCAGAGGUUGGGUAGAAUUUUAAGAGCCAAAAGGCGUAACGAUGAGGGUUUUAACGCAUUUUUCUAUUCUCUGGUUUCUAAGGAUACCCAAGAAAUGUAUUACUCGACCAAGAGACAGGCGUUUUUGGUCGAUCAAGGUUAUGCAUUCAAAGUCAUUACACAUUUGCAUGGUAUGGAAAAUUUGCCCAAUUUGGCAUAUGCAUCAGCGAGAGAACGCAGGGAGUUAUUACAGGAGGUUUUGCUGAAGAAUGAAGAAGCGGCGGGUAUUGAAAUUGGAGAUGACGCUGAUAACACGAUAGGCCGGGGUGUUAACGCCCAUAAGAAAACCAAAUCAAAGGCUGUUAGAGGCGAAGGUUCAUUAGCUGGUCUUGCUGGAGGUGAAGAUAUGGCCUACAUGGAAUACAGUACGAAUAAAAACAAAGACUUGAAAGAACAUCAUCCUCUAAUACGCAAAAUGUAUUACAAGAAUCUGAAGAAAUAA